CAGAAAUCUAUCAUUGCGUUACGAAUAGCAGCCAUAAGAGGAUGUUUUUGAUUCUCUCAGAAAAAUAAUACGAAAGUAAUUGAAUAACGGUAAAAGUGGAACAUACGACGAAAGGCAUUUGUUGCAUUGCAAGUUUUGCGAUUUAGUGUGGAAAAAGGACUUUUUUGUUAGAAAUUUUUUAAUAAGCGAUUUUACGAUAUUUUGAAAAAAAAAAACAAAAACGUUUGAAACGUGAAGCAGUGCGAUUAAAUAAAAACUGAAGUAUAUUAGCGCAUCGCUAGUAAAAUCGCCGUUGUGCCUUCAUACAUACCACCCACAAACAAACACCACUCUUUCUACUACUACUACUACUACUACUAAUGAAUUCACAAGAACAACAACAACACACACAAGUGAAAUACAGUGAAGUGAGUCCUUUUCAGAUAAGCGACGGAUUUAGACGCAAUAGCAGAAUGGAACCAGUGAAGACAAUACGAAUUUUCAUCGCAGCUGUUGCUGCAAAUAUCUCAGCCUUUGCGGUCGGCACCUGUCUCGGUUGGACAUCACCGGUUGCACCGAAAUUAAAGGCUGCCGAUCCAGUUGAUUCGCCACUUGAUCGCCCCAUUACCACUGAAGAAGAUGCCUGGAUUUCAUCACUUGUCGCUUUGGGCGCUUUGGUAGCGCCCUUCGUAGCUGGCCCACUAGCUGAUCGUAUUGGACGCAAAUGGGUUUUGCUUUCAAGUUCAUUAUUCUUCGUGCUUGCCUAUAUUUUGAUGAUGGUCGCCAGUGAGGUCUGGAUUCUGUAUGUUGGCCGUUUGAUUCAGGGUUUCGGCGUUGGUUUUGUAAUGACAGUGCAGCCUAUGUAUGUUGGUGAGAUUGCGACAGAUGCGGUACGUGGUGCUACGGGCUCGCUGAUGCAGUUGUUCAUUGUCUCUGGCCUUCUCUACGUUUACGCUAUCGGUCCGUAUGUGUCAUAUUUCGCUCUCCAGUGGUGCUGUCUAGUUGUGCCCAUCGUUUUCACUGUUGUGUUCUUCUUUAUGCCUGAAAGCCCCUACUAUUACGCUGGUAAAGGUCACAAGUCCGAUGCUCUUAACUCACUACAGUUCUUGCGCGGUCAGAGCGCUGAUGUCGUACAAGAUGAAAUGACCAUCAUACAGGGUGAAGUAGAAGAGGCUAUGGCCAACAAAGGCACAGUUAUUGAUCUUAUCAGGAAUGCUGGCAAUCGUAAGGCGCUCAUCAUCUCGGCCGGUCUCAUCAUGUUCCAACAAUUGUCGGGUAUUAAUGUCGUACUCUUCAACAGUCAAUCGAUUUUCGAGAGCGCCAAUACCGGUUUGGAUCCAGCUGUUGCCACUAUUAUUAUCGGCUGCGUACAAGUUGGCUCGUCGGGCUUAACACCAAUCAUUGCUGAUCGUUUGGGCCGCAAAGUGAUUUUAUUGAUUUCCGCUUUCGGUAUGGCUGUCGGUUUGGCUGCAUUGGGUGCCUUCUUCUAUGUGCAGCAAGCGAUUGGUGAUGCCAGCAACAUUACAUGGUUGCCAGUGCCUGCUCUGGUCGUCUUCAACAUUGUCUACUGCAUUGGUUUUGGUCCAUUGCCAUGGGCGGUGUUGGGUGAAAUGUUCCCGGCGAAUGUUAAGUCCAUCGCCUCGUCGAUCGUUGCUUCCACUUGCUGGAUACUCGGCUUCGUGGUGACACGUUGGUACCCAGCGCUGGACGCUUUGGGCUCAUACUAUGCUUUCUGGUUGUUUGGCAUCUUCUGCGUGGUGGCGUUCUUCUUCACCCUAUUCGUUGUGAUGGAGACCAAGGGUUUGAGCCUGCAACAAAUUCAGGACAGACUAAAUGGUAAAAGAUCAAAUUAAUUGCAUAAAUGAAGAGAAAUGAGUCGACAGUUUUGGGAGGCGGAGGCAUUCAUAUCCGCAUGCUGUAAGAUAUUAAUUUUUUUCCUGUGUGAAUGUAUGUGGGCAUAACUAUGAAUGUAUGCACUUUGUUCCUUAUUGUAAUGGUGAUAGCCUCAUUUGAGGCAGCGAUCAGUGCGGUGGCUUGCGUUACUAGAUAAACUCGCUUCAAAAAGUAUUUUUGUUGCAGAAGUUAAAUCUAAAUGUAAUCC